AUGGCGUUCAUUGCCGUGCUCGUGGGAUGUUCUCUUUGUGCGCUCGUCGCUGUCGUCUGCCGCUCCGUCGUCUUCAUACCCAAUGAUCUACGCCACCUGCCUCGGGUACCAAUCUUACCCCUCCUCAUCAGCUAUCUCCUCUGCGAAUCUGAAGAUAAGAGGAUUCGUCGGCUCGUGCUCCCGUAUGCGAAUGAGAAGGGCGAGGGAUUGGUGCUUGUUUGGGCGUUGGGAAGGUGGAUGGUUCAUAUUUUAGACUAUAAACUUGGCGAUGUAGUGUUCUCGGACAUACGAUGCUUUCCGAAGGAAGACCCUCCUGACGACCUCCUUCUUUGGCAACUCAUCGGGAAAUCAAACAUACUGCUGUCCAAUGGAGAGCAGUGGCGAAAGCAUUCCCGCAAUGUACGAACCGCCAUCAAUCAAGCUAUUCCCAUCCGGCAGUUCGCGCUUCUGUCACGCCGUCUCUUCAGUGUCAUCAAUAGAACCCGCGUCAUAGCCUUUGACGAUCUCGCACAGCGGUUUGCGCUCGACGCAGUCGGCACUACUGCAUUCGGUCACGAUUUCGAUGCGAUCGAGCAUGAGAGCGAAUUCGUUCGGAGCUACAACGGGAUCAUGCAUGCUAUUGCCAACCCGAUAUACCUUAUCAUGCCGUUCUUGGAGAACAUCUUACCCCGUCGCGCACUCAAGAAGUCCAUGGAUGAGCUGGGCGGUCGCUUUCAAGACAUGCUACAGGAGAAGCGGGGAAACCCUGGGACGGACAUGCUCACGUACAUGCUGCGUGAUGUUAGCGUCAGUGAUCGUGAACUACGAGACAACAUGUUGUUGCUCUUCAUAGCUGGCCAUGAUACAUCCGCAGGAGGGAUCUCGUCGCUGAUAUAUUAUCUGGCCAUACACGGCGAUCUUCAGGAGCGCGCUCGGCGCGAGGUGCUGAGCGUACUCGGGCGCGACAAAGAUCCCACACUUGAGCUCUCUCAACAGAUGCAGUACCUGAAUGCGUGCGUGCGCGAGGCCCUUCGCAUCAACACCCCGAUCUCCUAUCUCGUUCCGCGCGCGGCUUCAACGACCGUUCAGCUCGGCCCUUACGCCAUCCCGCCGCACACUUCAAUCGUAUUGAAUAUAUACGCCAUCCACCACAAGGAGGACGACUGGCCCAAUCCGUUCAAGUUCGAUCCAGACCGGUUCAUGAAGGGUUCUGGUAGCAUAGCACCCGCAUGGAUCCCAUUCGGGAUGGGGCAACGUCAGUGUCCUGCGCGAGCCUUUGCGCUCAACGAGCAAACAGUCUUGACAGCCAUGCUUCUGCGGGAGUAUGAGUGGACCCUACCCGUUGGUUCUUCUCAUGCGUGUGGCAUUCAAAACGCGUUUUCCCCAUUCGCUCUCACUGUACCCCAUAAGCUAGACAUCUGUUUCACGAAACGGAAGUCGAUCUGA